AUGAUAGGUAUUCAGAUAGAAGACCUAAUUAGAUUAUUUUUAAUAAUUGGUAAAGAUGUAGUUUCCAUUUUUAUUAAUUCAAUAAUUAAAAAUAAAAAUAAUAAUCAAAAUAACAAUAAUAGUAAAAAAAAUAAAAUUAAUAAUCAAGAGUUCCAAAAAGAAUAUGAUCAUAUUACUUAUGAUACCGAUGAAGAUUAUCAUUAUGAUCCAAAAGAAAUUAUUUAUGAUCAAGAUCUUGGCUACACAGAACAAUUGAUGAAGUUUAAGAGAGAAGCCGCAAAGCUAAUUUACGAUACUGAUAAAGGCUAUGAAUUAAGACAUGGUAUCAUCAAACAUGCCCUUUGCUAUUAUGACAUUGGCUUCCACUUCAUUAAAAAAAGAAGAUCUUCAAAUAAUUAG